AUGGCCGUACCUCAAGGAUACCAAGUUGUCGGUGGUGGACAUCAGCCCAGUUGUUGGACAAAACUGAAACUCGGCUUCAUGAUGGGUGCCGUUAUUGGUGGAGCUACUGGUGUGUUGCUGGGUUCAUUUGCUGCAUUCAGGAUGGGUUUACGAGGCCGAGAAAUGUUACAACAGGUCGGCAAAAUCGCCGCUCAGUCGGGUGGUUCAUUUGGUGUAUUUAUGAUGGUUGCACAAGGAUUGAGAUGCUAA